GCUGCCCGAUACUCGCCGCUUGUAGUGGCUUUGCAUCUCGCCUAAUCCUUUUUCUCUCUUCAAUGAGCGGAUAGAUUUUCUUUUCUUUUCUCGUUCUCUACUUUACAAGCGUCGAAACUGCGUGUUUGACAGGCACCAACCCACUCCAGCACUGCUCUACACCAUCGUCAUCAUCCGCAGUUCGCACUGCUUCGAUUCACUUCUUCCGUGGGUCAGCAUUGCUUUAGGUGGGAUCGUCUUACGAGGGAACCCUUCAAAAAAUACCUUUCUUCGUGUAAAGGGGAAAAAAAAUCAUAUUAAAAAAAACGCACACAAGAAGACCCUGCAGUCAAAAGCUAGUUUUUAGAAUUCGAAACUCUAACCUUUCUGUUCUUUUCCUUUACCUCCUUCUACAUCACUAACCUGUGGUCCAAUGAGUACGGCGAUUGGGUUCCGUGAAGGCUCACCCGAGGUGGAGGACCCCUACGUGGUCGACGCCCCCUACGACGACUCCGCCUCCCAGUCAUCGUACACCACAACGAACUCCCGCAGCUCCAGCGGUAGCGCGUACAGCAACUCCUCGGCGACCACCGACAACGAAGUUUAUCAAAACCUCCGACUAGAGCUUGACGUCGCGCAGGAGAACCUCGCAGAGCUGCAUCAGAAGUUCGAGGAUCUCGAGCGAACGUCGAGCUACACCAAAGGUCAACUAGAGAAUGAGCUGGACCUUCUGCGGACACAGAUGGAGCGUGCGAAGGACAAGUUGGCUGCGGCGGAGCGGCUGGAGGCAAGGGUGAAGGAGUUGGAGGCGCAGCUGGCAGAACUGCGCGCCUCCACCGCAGCUGGGGCCAAACAGGCGAGCCGUGCAACGGAGCUGGCGGCAUCGAUGGCCGCGACAUCGGCGAAGAUGGAGAAGCUGGAAGCCGCGAAGGCAGAAGCGGAGGCAAAAGUGGCCCAAGUAAAAGCCGCACAGGAGGCGGCGGAGGCGAGGGCCAAGUCGUUGGAAGCUGCCCACGCCAAGGCGAGCGCCAAAGUGGCGGGGCUCGAGGCGGCUGCGGCCGCUGCCAGCACGCAGCAUUCUGCGCGUGUCACGGUGUUGGAAAGUGCCAACACUGCGUUAGAGGCGAGAAUGGCGGAAUUAGCGGCAUCGAAGGCGGCCUCAGACGCGAGGGCCGAGGCAGCCGAAGCAGCGCGGCGAGAGUCGGAGGCCAGCAUGGAAGAGUUGAAGACAGCCGUUGCAGAUGCGAAGGCGAAGUCGAGGGAGCUAGGGAGUGCUACCGCAAUGGAAGCUGAGCGUGCGUCUCGCCUCCGGCAGCUGGAAACCGCACAUGCGGCAUCUCUGGCGAAGAUGAAGGAGAUGGAAACCGCCAAGGCGGAGGUGGAGGCGAAGGCGAAGACGUUGGAGGCAGCAAAGGCAGAAGCUGAGACAGCCAGAUCCCAAGCGGAGGCGAAGAUCGCGGAGCUGGCGGCGUCUACGGCUGCUGCUGCGUCACAACACUCGACUCAAGUCAAGAAACUAAAGGCUGCACAGGCCGAGUCUGCUGCGCGCGUGAAGGCUACGGAGGCUGCACGGGCAGAGGCAGAGUGGAAGGUGAAAACUGUGGAGCAAGCACUUGCGAGGGAUGAGUUGACGAUAUCAAAACUGGGAGUCGCGAAGGCCGCAGCGGAGACGAAGGUCAAGAGCCUGGAACAGACACUGGCGAGCGAGGAGGCUACGAUUUCUAAAUUGGAAGCCGCAAAAGCCGCGUCGGAGUCCAAGGUCAAAAGCCUCGAGCACGUACUGGCGAAGGAUGAGGCUAUGAUUUUAAAACUGCAGGCGGCGAGGAGUGUGUCAGAAUCCAAGGUCAAAAUACUAGAACAGACACUGGUGAAUGAUGAGGCUAUGAUUUCUAAAUUGGAAGCCGCAAAAGCCGCGUCGGAGUCCAAGGUCAAAAGCCUCGAGCACGUACUGGCGAAGGAUGAGGCUAUGAUUUUAAAACUGCAGGCGGCGAGGAGUGUGUCAGAGUCCAAGGUCAAAAUACUGGAACAGACACUGGCGGACGAGAAGGCUACGAUUUCUAAAUUGGAAGCCGCAAAAGCCGCGUCAGAGUCCAAGGUCAAAAUCCAGGAGGAUUCACCAGUGAGGGCUGUGCCUCCUACUUCGAAUGGGGAAGUCGCCAGGGCCUCGUCUGAGUCGAAGGGACAGGAGGCCGAGGCCUCGCAGGUAGAGGCGGAAAGAAGGAUCAGAGAGCUCGAGGCCUCCGUCUCGAUCAGCGCCGCUCACGUCUCCCGGCUUAAGAUGCUCGAAACAGCCGUGGAUGACUUGGCAGAAACGGCAGCGAAGCUCAACGUACAAGAUGCGAACAUACCGCUGUCGGAUGACAAAGCCGUACGCACAGCGGAUCAGAUAGCGUUCAUGCAUCAGCUGCAGAAUAGCCUCACGGUGCAGAUCAACGGGCAGCGUAAGAAGGUUGAGGAGCUGUCGGAGGAGGUGGCGCGGCUGAAGAAGUCGCUGGCGGCGGCGGAGGCGGAAAAGGCGGAAGCCGUACGGAUGCGCGCAGCGGUGGACACGGACGUGCACCGCCGUGCUGCGGCUACGGAGAAGACGGGGCUUCUCAACGGACAAGAGAAGAAGGAGCGGCGAACGCGGUGCCCAGUUUGUGCGGUGAUGUAA